CUGACUGGUCUCCAUAGUAACGGGAACCGCUCGGGAAAUGGACCGGUCGGAAAGUGCGGAAAGUGCCGAAAGCCGGAGGCGACGGGCGGAGGAGUCCGGGCAGGGGCAGCUGUUUCGGUUCUGGGAUGAGCUGAGUCCGGCGGAGAAGGAGGCGCUGUUGGAGCAGCUGGAAAUGCUGGAGCCCCGGGAGUUGAGGGAGCACUGCCAGCGGGCAAGGGAGGCCUAUGUGCGGGAAAGCAGCGCCCCCCAGCGGCUGGAUGAUAGAAUGCAACCUGUACCCCCAGAGUUCCUGGGGAGCGUCCGGCACAGCGGCACCGGGGAGCUGGAGAGAUGGGAGCGGGAAGGGUUCCAUCAGAUCGCACAGAACAAGGUGGCCGUCCUGCUCCUAGCUGGGGGCCAGGGGACCCGCCUGGGGGUGACGUACCCCAAAGGGAUGUACAGCGUCGGCCUCCCCAGCGCCAAAACCCUGUACCAGAUCCAGGCCGAGCGGAUCCGCCGGCUGCAGCAAUUGGCCAGUGAGCGUCACGGCGAGGCCUGCACCGUCCCAUGGUACAUCAUGACGAGCGAGUUCACGCUGGGUCCCACGCGGAAGUUCUUCGAAGACCACGCCUACUUUGGGCUGGAUCGCUCGGACGUGGUCAUGUUUGAGCAGAGGAUGCUGCCGGCGGUGGGGUUCGACGGUGCGGCCAUCUUGGAGGAUAAAGCCAAGCUCGCCAUGGCUCCAGAUGGGAACGGGGGUCUGUACCGGGCUCUGUCCGAUAACCGCAUCCUGGAGGAUAUGGAGGGGAGGGGCAUCCAGUACGUUCAUGUCUAUUGUGUGGACAACAUCCUGGUCAAGAUGGCCGACCCGGUCUUUAUCGGCUUCUGUGUGAGCAAAGGUGCCGACUGUGGCGCCAAGGUAGUGGAGAAGGGGUACCCGGCCGAGCCAGUGGGGGUGGUGUGCCGAGUGGAUGGGGUCUACCAAGUGGUGGAAUAUAGCGAAAUCAGCCCCGAAACCGCCGAGAAGCGCAAUCCCAACGGCGCCCUGACCUUCACCGCUGGCAACAUCUGCAACCACUUCUUCACCGUGCCCUUCCUCAGGGCUGUGAUUGGGUCUUUGGAGCCGCGCCUGAAUUACCACGUAGCCAUAAAGAAAGUCCCUUACGUGGAUAAUGAGGGAAACUUGGUGAAACCAACGAGCCCAAACGGGAUCAAAAUGGAGAAGUUUGUGUUCGACGUCUUCCAGUUUGCAAAGAACUUUGUUGCCUUUGAGGUCCUGAGGGAGGAGGAGUUCUCCCCACUGAAAAACGCCGACACUGCCGAUAAGGACACCCCCACAACGGCGAGGCGGGCGCUGCUAUGGCAACAUUACCGCUGGGCGAGGAGAGCUGGCACCCACUUUUUGGAUGAGACCGGCAGCCCGAUACGUGACAGCCACAGUAUUUCAGGUGAGGGCGACCCUCCAGCUGUGUGUGAGAUUUCCCCUUUGGUGUCUUAUUUCGGAGAGGGGUUAGAAUCGUACAUGAAAGACAAGGACGUCUCAUCGUUUCCCUUCGUUCUGGAGAGCAGCGAUGCCGGGCCGGUACCAGUCUGACCCGCACAGACCAGGCGGUACUGCGGAUCCGGAUAAACAACCUCCUGCCAGACCGUGCCUUACAAUCUCCGCUCUUAUGAAAGGCAGGGCUGUCCAACUGGGGGCCCCUAGGUGGGACGUGGCCCCAAGUGACCUACUUGGAUUUGCCCCCCCCCCCCCCCCCAAUGUGCCCAGUUGGACAGCACCGCUGUGAGGAGCACAGUGUGCCACCUUCUCUCUCUUGUAGCCAAAGAUUAAAGCAACUCAGCACUUUUACUUUUUAUUGGGCAACUGCAGGGCUGCACCGGGCCAGCGAAUAUAAAGAAGAAUAUGUGUGCCCCCCUGUACAUGGGCUGCUGAAUAACGAUAGGACUGGAGGGCCCUGCUCACCACAAGAGCUUGCCAUUAGCCUCGGGCUGCUUCAGGGAAACAAUAUGGCAGCUCCUGGCCCAAAGGUGUCGACAAAGUGGCUGUUUUUAGUCAUUUUUUUUAGUAUAUAAAUCUUUCAAAACACUUUCAAUGCCACAAGCUGUAGCGGCCCGUGCCCAGGAAACAUGGCGGCACUGCCCGUUGUACUUACUGUAUUGCAAUAAACAACUCUGGGGUUCCCA